GGAUCGAGGUACAAAUCAUCUGCUGUUCAACAUGUUGCCUGGAGGUCCCCCAGAUUAUAACACGGCCCUGGAUGUCCCCAGAGACAGGGCCCUGUUGGCUGGUGGCGGCUUUUCUACAUGGACUUACCGGCAAGGCUACGAUGUCAGCAUUCCUGUCUAUAGUCCACUGUCAGCUGAGGUGGAUCUUCCAGAGAAGGGACCAGGUCCUCGGCGACACUUCCUCCUGUCGUCUCAGAUGGGUCUCCAUCCCGAGUACAGAGAGGACCUGGAAGCCCUCCAGGCCAAACAUGGAGAGUCGGUAUUAGUACUCGAUAAGUGCACCAACCUCUCAGAGGGCGUCCUUUCUGUGCGUAAGCGCUGCCACAAGCACCAGGUCUUCGAUUACCCCCAGGUGCUGCAGGAGGCCACUUUCUGUGUGGUCCUUCGUGGAGCUCGGCUGGGCCAGGCGGCACUGAGUGACGUGUUACAGGCCGGCUGUGUCCCAGUUGUCAUUGCAGACUCCUACGUUUUGCCUUUCUCUGAAGUUCUUGACUGGAAGAGAGCUUCUGUGGUUGUGCCAGAAGAAAAGAUGUCAGACGUGUACAGUAUUUUGCAGAGCAUCCCCCAGAGACAGAUCGAAGAAAUGCAGAGACAGGCACGGUGGUUCUGGGAAGCAUACUUCCAGUCAAUUAAAGCCAUUGCCCUGGCUACCCUGCAGAUUAUCAAUGACCGGAUCUAUCCAUACGCUGCCAUCUCCUAUGAAGAAUGGAAUGACCCUCCUGCUGUGAAGUGGAGCAGCGUGAGCAACCCACUCUUCCUCCCGCUGAUCCCACCACAGUCUCAAGGGUUCACCGCCAUCGUCCUCACGUACGACCGAGUGGAGAGCCUCUUCCGGGUCAUCACUGAAGUGUCCAAGGUGCCCAGUCUAUCCAAGCUGCUAGUCGUCUGGAAUAAUCAGAAUAAAAACCCUCCAGAAGAUUCUCUUUGGCCCAAAAUCCGGGUUCCAUUAAAAGUUGUGAGGACGGCUGAAAACAAGUUGAGUAACCGUUUCUUCCCUUAUGAUGAAAUCGAGACAGAGGCUGUCCUGGCCAUUGACGAUGACAUCAUUAUGCUGACCUCUGAUGAGCUGCAAUUUGGUUACGAGGUCUGGCGGGAAUUUCCUGACCGGUUGGUGGGUUACCCAGGUCGUCUGCAUCUCUGGGACCAUGAGAUGAGUAAGUGGAAGUAUGAGUCUGAGUGGACUAAUGAGGUGUCCAUGGUGCUCACAGGAGCAGCUUUUUAUCACAAGUAUUUUAAUUACCUGUAUACCUACAAAAUGCCUGGGGAUAUUAAGAACUGGGUGGAUGCUCAUAUGAAUUGUGAAGACAUUGCCAUGAAUUUCCUGGUGGCUAACGUCACAGGGAAAGCAGUCAUCAAGGUAACUCCGCGAAAGAAAUUCAAGUGUCCUGAGUGCACAGCCAUUGAUGGGCUUUCGCUAGACCAGACACACAUGGUGGAGAGGUCUGAGUGCAUCAACAAGUUUGCUUCAGUCUUUGGGACCAUGCCUCUCAAGGUGGUGGAACACCGAGCCGAUCCUGUCCUGUACAAGGACGACUUUCCUGAGAAACUGAAGAGCUUCCCCAACAUCGGCAGCUUAUGAAACGUGCUGUUGGUGGAGGUCUGGACGUGAGGCUUAGACAGAGAGAGGGAACGGGGCCUCCCAGCACUCUGAUCCCAGGGCAGGGGGUUUGGGGUGGAAGGUGACCUCCUGGAUCUUGGCAUGUACCUAACCUACUUUCUCAAGAGCAGGAACCUGGAAAGAAUAUCUAAGCCCCUUGAGCUGUGCAGCCUCUGUUCUUGUGUUUGUUAGAAUCUCCGAUACGUUCUUUUUAAAAAUGCAAGAUGGAAGCCCUUGUGGCAUCCUCCAGAUUUAAAACCAGCUCAGGCUCCCUGUGUUUUCAGUUCCAGUGUAACAAUCGGAAAGGAAACUUCACCGACUGUAAGACUGCCGGAGACGAGAAACCUCUUAACCCCUUUUAGAGUUAGAGAGUCAUGUACAAGGUACCAUACCUCACUUUAUUUCACAUCACUGAGUUUUUUGGAGAAAGAGCCAAGCCCAGAAUUUGGUGCAAAACCCAGACAUCUUGGUGGGAUUUGAUAGAUGCCUUAGAACCCGGGGCGCCGAGCUCGAGCAGGGGAAGAGCACCGACUGCGGAGUCAGGAUCUGUCAGUUCCGUGAACUAGUCCUCGUUGGUUUGGCCUUUUGAUAUGAUUAAAAUUAUUUUUUAUUCCUUUUUCUACUGUGUCUGAAAUACUGAUUCUUGAUAGUCCGGGGAACCAUUUUUCUUCUUUCGUGUAAUUUAACUCUGUCUUCUGCCCGUAUCUGAGAAAACACAUAGCCAGGAGGAGUAUCUGGUACCAUGUACGUCGAGCAUAAGGAAGGUCCCAAAUCAUAAACAUUCUAAGAGCAGAUGACUCCAAAAACCUCCAGAGGAAUCCAUUUGCUUCCUGAUUAGAUCCAGUCAACGUUUUGUAGAUGUUCUUAGGGAAAAACAGAGGGUUUCUAAUAGCCAUACACUGAGUCACUUUAGCUGGUACCUGUUGUAAAAGUUGAGGGAGUUGUGACCCCUCCCCCCAAGGGGAUGCCAAAAUUUCCCUCAUUCUUUUGGUAUAAACUUAACAUUAGCCAGGAAGGUUCUGGCUAACAUUAAAUGCUGCUAUAACAAUGACUUUGCAACAGUUGCCGGUAUAUUUAAAUCAUUAAAUUUCAGCAUUUACUAAUA